UCGCAGAACAGGCGCAUGAGACGUAGGCAGUGAAGUGGAUUGUGGGGAAUGAGGCGUUAGUGACUACAAUCCCCAGUAUGCAACGGGGGCGGGCUGUGUGUGCAGUAUGGCGGAGACGGUAGUGGAGAACGUCCCGGUGUUUGAAGUGACACAUGUGACCACACAGAAGAUUCACGUGGGUUCGUUGGGCGCGCUGUGGAGGGGCAGCCUUACUGAGUGUGACCUGAGCUUGGCAGAGGAGAACCCGCAGGAGUUGGAAGAUGCUGAGCUGGCUGUGGAGCUGGGCUGUCCUGUGGAUACAGCUUCAGAGCUCAAACUGCUGUGCAGCAUUAAUGGACUAAAGAGUAAUGAGGAAGAAGGGGAAUCAGAUCCUGAAGAAAUCCCUGAAGAUACCAGUCUGGUGACUUUAGGAGUUCGGAAGAAGGCAGUGGAACGACGCAAAGAAUUAAUAAUUGACCGAGCAUGUAGGAAUGAGACUUUUAUGUAUGAAAUGCAAUCCCGUGGUUUAGGAAGGAGGCCAGAAGACCCUUCAGACAUGGUUGAUGAGGGAGAACUGGUUUUAACUUUGAAUUUGAUUUAUCCAAUGAUUUUCCAAAAGCACAAAGAAUACAAACCCUAUGAGACCAUAUUAGUGCUUGGCAGCCAGAGGCUUUCAGAAUUGAGAGAUGCCAUCAAAUGUGUCAGUGACCUACAAAUUGGAGGGGAGUUCAGUGACAAUCCAGAUUUGGCUCCUGAAAAUAUUUGCAAGGAUCUUUUCAAAUCGGCAUUCUUUUAUUUUGAAGGUAUAUUUUACAAUGAUAUGAGGUAUCCAGAGUGCAGAGAUCUAAGCAGAACUAUAGUUGAAUGGGCUGAAUCUCGUGACAGAGGCUAUGGUAAAUUUCAGGUAGCUAAGAUGGAAGACUGUACGUUUAAUGACCUCAACAUAAAAAUUGGCUUUCCUUAUCUGUACAGCCAUCAAGGAGAUUGCGAACAUGUUGUAACAAUUACAGAUAUAAGGUUAAUACACCAUGAUGACUGCUUAGAAAGGAACCUAUACCCAUUACAUAUUAGAAGGCAUUGGUUUAUUUCAAGAAAGUGUUGCGUGUGUAAAUUGUAUAUUGCAAAGUGGGUGACAAAAAGUGACAGCUUUGCGCCAGAUGACCCAUGUUUCUUCUGUGAUGUUUGCUUUAAGAUGCUUCACUAUGACAGCGAGGGCAAUAAACUUGGAGACUUUCUUGCAUAUGCAUAUGUUGACCCAGGAACAUUUAAUUAAAAAUAGAACAUUGCAGCAAUAAACGGCACACCAAAGGUCACAAAGAUAAAGGCCAAGGACAGGAAAUGAACUUUAUAAGUCUGCAGACUGUAAUCAAAGAAGUGGAGAUUUGCUUGAAUACAGAACAUCUCCUGUGGGUUUUCUUUUCUAGGUAUAAAGCAUACAGAUACGCAUUCUACUGUAGCACACAAUACUAGGCAGAAUUGGAGUUCUGAUGUAAUACUGCUGAUUAAAUGGAAUUUCAUAUUAUA